GCGAGGCCGGGGACGUGCUGCUGCUGCAUCCCCACGUGGCCCACAGCAGCACCACCAACGUGCGCUGCGGCGCGCCGGUGCGCCUGGCGCUCACGAAGCGAGCCUAUUGGGUGGCAGGGCCUGCCCCCUCCGUGGAAACGCUGGCGCCGGUGGAGCUGGCCAUGUCCUGGGCCGCCUUAUCGCCUGAGAGGCCUCCGCUGGGCCGUCUGCUGAGCCUCGCGGAGGCGGCGCUGGCGGAGGCGGCGGACGGCCGGGUGCUGCGGUGGCGCGCGCUGCGGGCCAUGGACUUCGAGGUGCCCUUUGCAACGAAAGAAGAUGUGGACGCCUUGCUCCAGGAUGACGAGUGUGACCUGGGGGGCCGACUGCUCAGCCCACAGCUCCUGGCCUCAACGCUGACGCGGCUGGCUCGGCCGGGGCGGCUGCAGCGCCUGGGCCUGGCGCGGUGUGGCCUGGGCCCUGCCGGCGCCUGCGCGCUGGGCAAGGCGCUGCGCGAUGCGGUUCCCGCCCCCCGGGAGCUGCUGCUGCAAGGCAACUGCCUGGGGGACGGCGGCGUGGUGGGCCUCCUCGCGGCGGCCGGGCGGAGCUUGGGCGCCGUGGAGGUGCUGUCGCUGAGCGGCAACGGCUUGUCGGCCGUGGCGGCGGAGGCCCUGGCGGCGGCGGCGGCGCCGGGCCUCGGAGCGCACCUCAAGCUGAGCGAAAACCGCAUCGGUCCUGAAGGCGCCCACGCGCUGGCGGCUCUGGCACACCGCUGCGGGCGCCUGGAGCUGCGGGGCUGCCCGUUGCAGGACUCCUUCUGCGCGGCGCUCAAAGAGCAGCAGAACUGCAGCUUGGAGGCCUUGGACUUGGAGGCCACCGGCGCCACGGACGCCUCCUGCGGCCUCAUCGCGGAGCUUUUCGCCGCGCAGGGCGCGUCCGCGCCCGGGCCGCGGCUGAAGCUGGUGCGGCUCUCGCUGCGGGGCUGCCGCGUCACGGACGCCGGGGCCCGGGCGCUGGCGCGCGAAGCCGCGGGGCGCCUGUGCAGGCUCGACCUGGGCCGAAACGCCGUGGGGGAUGCGGGCCUGGAGGCCUUGGCACACGCCGGAGGCGGCGAGCUGCUGCUGGGCACCAACCGCGUCGGCGACCGGGGCUUCCUUUCGCUGCUCGGCGCGGCCGAAGGCGACGAAAGCUGGGAGCUGGGCUUCGUGAACUUAACGAGCAACCUCCUCACCUCCACCUCCGUGGACGCGGCCGCGGCCUUUCUGCGCCAAAGAGCCGCGAGCGGCGGGCGCCUGGGGCUUUUGGGGCUGGACCUCACCUACAACGACGCCUCGGUCGCCUCUGUCCGGGACUUCCGCGCAGCCGCGGCGGCGGCGGCGGCCGUCUUCCCGCAAGUCCGAGCCUGCCACUUCACCGCCGGGUGCGGCUGACAUCUCUGGGAAACGGGGACGGAGGCGUGUGACGCGCGCACGAGGUCCACGAUUUGAGCAGAGUUUCUCAAUGCUGAAUCUCGGGCAGACGCCAAAGUUCGCAAUGCAGCAGAAGCGGCCCUUUCCACCAAACCGGGCCCUGGCGAUCGGACGAGAAGACCCUCUGCGGUGUUCUUGGAGCGCUCAAGGAACGCGGCUUGGUCCCGGAGUCCCUUGCCAGAAGGUCUCCUUUGUCCGGGACUUCCGCGCUGCAGCGGCGGCGGCCGUCUUCCCGGAGGUCCGACCCUGGCACUUCACCGCCGGGUGCGGCUGACAUCUCUUGCGCCUGGCGGUGUGACGAGAAGUCGAGUUCGAGGGGGGAAAGGCCGAGGCUCGCGACGCGACCAAAGGGCCCGAAGGCCGCCGGAAAGCGGCCUAUGCAUCUUGGGUGUCGCCCUGGAAGGCCAGCGCGAAAGGCGAGCCCGGACAGCUGAAUUGUGGAUUUCAGACUUUCAUGUGGAGUUUCUUAAAGGGAACUGGUCAGGAGUAAGCAAUCCAGAUCUUUUGUUCCGGCGCGGAAAUGUAACGUCUCACUUGCUCACGCUGGAAAUCCUCAGAAAAUGGGGGCGGACUGAGGGGCAGACCGUCUGGAUGACACUUCGGGCAGAUGCUUGGCUUUUCCAACUUUGGACAGGAGCAGGCUAUAGCAUCGGGGGAGAAACUUUGCUGCAGAGAUCUUUAUCUUUUCUCAUUCACCCAGUUGCCCAGUGGCGGCCC